AUGCCUGCUGCUCGGUCUGCCCUCAUCCGCCGCAGAAGAUCGUCCGUCGCUGCCGGACUAACUCAGGUCAAGCCGGGCAACUACGGCAUCAACUCCUCCCUCUCGCCCCGCGCCCUCACCUUUGCCCCCAAUGUCACGCCCGGUACGUACGUCGAGACCGACGACGACCUUGACCAGUCCUCCAUCUCCCCCGAGUCCGCCUCCACCCUCUUCCCCCCCACCGAGCCCACCGCGCCCACCCGCCGCCGCCUUCCCCCCGGCAAGCGCCUUUCCCAGGGCUACAUCCCCCGGCCCCCGAACGCCUUCAUGCUCUUCCGCGCCAACUUCGUCCGCCAAAAGCACGUCCCCGGCUCGAUCGAGACCAACCACGCCUCGCUGAGCAAGAUCAUCGGCAACUGCUGGCGCGCCCUCCCCCUCGAGGAAAAGCGCAUCUGGGAGAUCGAGGCCAAGAAGGCCAAGAUCGCACACCGCGAGCGCUACCCCAACUACCGCUUCCGCCCCGUGCACAACAAGAACAAGAAGGCCGCAAAGCCGCCCGUACCGCCCGGCGAAGAAGAACGGUGCGAGGUCGUCGCCCAGUUUCUCCUCGAGGGCAAGAAGGGCCACGAGCUCGCCGAGGCUGUCCACCGCCACGAGCUCGCCCGCGCCCUCGAGUCCCGUCCCCACUCCGCCUUCGACUCCCCUGCCUUCCCCUCCCCGCCCCCGCCUUACGACUUCACCGCGGCGGAACCCUCGACGCAGGUCCCGCUGUACAUGCAGCGCCGUCCUUCAUCCGUCCCGCCCCCGUCGUCCAUGUGGCACGGGUCGAACCCGAUCUCCAUCCCUUCCCUCCCAUUCUUCGCACAGCCCACGCCCCAGCCUGCCUUCGGUCUCGCGCACCCCGGCUUCGGCGGCAGCGCCCACGGCUCCCGCGCCGCGUCUCCCGUCGGCAACAUCGCCCGCCAGCAGCGGACGCUCCUCGGCCUCCGCCGCGCCUCCUCCGCGCAGCCGGUCCCCUCGGAGCGCAUGUGGGACACGUCCACGCUCGACCCGCACGGCUACGCGCCCCCGAUGCCCGCCCCGUGGCAGCUCCAGCCGGAGUGGUCCCCGCUCCCCGAUGUCACCGACGCGAGCAUCUUCCAGCCCGGCUGGGCGAACGCGUUCGCCGACGUCCCCGCCGACCACGCCAUGCACCACCAGGCCGUCUUCGACCCCGCGUACGCCCCCGUCGCGCCCGACGCCGCGGACCCGCACGCGCUCCACCUCCACAUCGGGCCCCUCGACGGCUUCGCGUUCGCCCCGGGCCCGCCCUCGACCGGCACCGACUGCUUCUCCGCGGGCACCCCGUACGACGCCGUCCCCCCGCACGCGCAGUGGGCGACCCCCGGCGAGAGCGGGCCGCCGAGCACGAUCUCGGGCUCGCCCGCGCGCUCCGACGCGUCGCUGCCGUACGCGCAGCAGCAGCAGCAGUUCCAGCCGCCCCCGGGGCCGCCGCCGAUGCAGCAGCACCAGCAGCUGUGCGCGCCGCAGCCGCAGCACGCGUACGGCGCGUGGGCGCACGAGCUCGAGCAGGCGAAGAUGGCGGAGGGCGGCGAGGGCAUGCCGCCGAUGGACGCGGGCGCGUUCGAGUACGUCGACGUCGCGGGCGCGUACGACGUGUACGGGCUCGAGAUGGAGAUGGGCGGGGGCAUGCCCGAGUACGGGUACUGCGCGCCGGAGCAGGUCUACUAG